GUAGGAACUCGUUCUCACUUCUGAUUUACCUGCAAACUUUGAUCAUUCUUGUGUCUGAAGACAAAUCUACAUGAUUGUUAAUGACAACAUUUUUAUUGGUUUUAUUAUUGAUCAGAAACACCGUGAGGAUCAGCCGAUGAUUAGUUUUCUACAUCGAUCAAACGUUGGUGUUUUUAUUUCCUGGAAUGAAGCUGUCGUCUCCAGCAUUAAAGUCAGACUGCUGUUUCCUGUGGAGCCUUUCAAAAUAAAGCGUGGUUCCUGGAGGAAGUUGUUUGCUGCUUGUAUGAAGGUGUGUGUGUGAGCUGAUGUGGACGUGAAUUCAGCAGAAUGGACCAGUGUGAGGACAGAGAGGAGGGAGUCCCUCCCUCUAAAACCUCUCUGUGUGGGGAACAUGAGAGUCGGAGCAAAGCUCAGAGGAAUCAACCUAGACCUGGACCUGGACCUGGACCUGGACCUGGACCUGGACCUGGACCUGGACCUGGACCUGGACCUGGACCUGGACCCAGCUGUGUGUCCUUGAAGAGCGACCAGUCAAGGGACUGGAUAAUUGAAUUUAAAAGAGACCAACGUUCUGCUGUAAAGGGGGUCCAUCAGAAAAGAGACUCUCUUGAACAUGAACCCAGCUGUUUGUCCUUGAAGAGCGACCACUCAAAGGGCUGGUUAAUUAACUUUAAAGGAGACCAACAUUCUUCUUCAGAGAGAGUGGACCAGCAGAUCUCAGAGUCCCCCAGCGGUCCGUCUGUCCAGCAGCAUCAGACCCAGCUGGACUCCAUCUUUCAGCUGCUGGAGGACGACAUCAUCAUGUUUGUGAAGGAUCAGCUGAAGAAGAUCCAGAAGGUUCUGAGUCCAGAUUACCCAGAAUCCUCAGAGAGUCUGGAGGAGGAUGAAGAUGAAGAGCAGAAGAGCAUCAGAGAGACAUUCAUGAAGAUCACAGUGAAGUUCUUGAGGAGGAGGAAGCAGGAGAAGCUGGCCGACCUCCUGCAGAGCAAGACCGUCGCUGCCGUUUGUCAAUCCAAACUCAGACGUAAGCUGCAGAAGAAGUACCAGCAUGUGUCUGAGGGGAUCACUAAAGCAGGAAAGACAACCCUUCUAGAGCAGAUCUACACGGAGCUCUACAUCACAGAGGGAGGGACUGGAGAGGUCAAUGAAGAACAUGAAGUCAGACAGAUUGAAGCAGCUUCCAGGAAACCAGACGGAGCAGAAACAGCCAUCAGUCAGGAAGACAUCUUUAAACCCCCACCUGGAAGAGGAGGACCAAUCAGAACGGUGAUGACGAAGGGAGUGGCCGGCAUCGGGAAAACAGUCCUAACACAGAAGUUCAGUCUGGACUGGGCUGAAGGCAGAACCAACCAGGACAUCCAGUUCCUGCUUCCCUUCACCUUCAGACAGCUGAAUGUGCUGAGAGAGGAGAAGUUCAGCUUGGUGAAACUAGUUCAUCGAUUCUUCUCUGAAACCAAAGGAAUCUGCAGCUUUGAAGAGUUCCAGGUCGUGUUCAUCUUUGACGGUCUGGAUGAGAGUCGACUUCCUCUGGACUUCCACAACUCUACAAUCGUCAGUGACCCCAGAAGGUCCACCUCAGUGGAUGUGCUGCUGACAAACCUCAUCAGAGGGAAACUGCUUCCUUCUGCUCGUCUCUGGAUCACGACACGGCCAGCAGCAGCCAAUCAGAUCCCCCCUGAGUGUGUUGACAUCAUUAAUGAAGUCAGAGGGUUCACUGACCCACAGAAGGAGGAAUACUUCAGGAAGAGGAUCAGAGAAGAGGAGCAGACCAGGAUCAUCUCCCACAUCAAGAAAUCACGGAGCCUCCACAUCAUGUGCCACAUCCCAGUCUUCUGCUGGAUCACUGCUACGGUCCUGGAGAAAGUCCUGGAAACCAGAGAGGGAGGGGAGCUGCCCAAGACCCUGACUGAGAUGUACAUCCACUUCCUGGUGGUCCAGGCCAAACUGAAGAAGGUCAAGUAUGACGGAGGAGCUGAGACGGAUCCACACUGGAGUCCAGAGAGCAGGAAGAUGGUGGAGUCUCUGGGAAAACUGGCUUUUGAGCAGCUGCAGAAGCCUGAAGGAAACCUGAUCUUCUAUGAAUCAGACCUGAGAGAGUGUGGCCUCGAUCUCAGAGAGGCUUCAGUUUACUCAGGAGUGUUCACCCAGAUCUUUAGAGAGGAGAGCAGCUUGUACCAGGACCAGGUCUUCUGCUUCAUCCAUCUGAGUGUCCAGGAGUUUCUGGCUGCUCUUCAUGUCCAUCAGACUUUUGUCAACUCUGGAGUCAACCUGCUGGAGGAAAAAAAGAACACCUCCAGGUGGUUUAAAACAAGAGCAGAGACUCAGCUCCAUCAGAGUGCUGUGGACAAGGCCUUACAGAGUCCCAAUGGACACCUGGACUUGUUCCUGCGCUUCCUCCUGGGUCUUUCACUGGAGACCAAUCAGAACCUCCUACGAGGUCUGUUGGAAUCAAAACAAAGAAGUUCACAGAACAAUCAGGAAACAGUUAAAUACAUCAAGAAUAAGAUCAGUAAGGGUCUCUCUGCAGAGAGAAGCAUCAACCUGUUCCACUGUCUGAAUGAACUGAACGAUGGUUCUCUGGUGGAAGAGGUCCAAGGGUCCCUGAGGUCAGGACGUCUCUCCACAGAUUAUCUGUCUCCUGCUCAGUGGUCGGCUCUGGCCUUCAUCUUACUGUCAUCAGAAGAAGAUCUGGAGGUGUUUGACCUGAAGAAGUUCUCAGCUUCAGAGGAGGUUCUACGGAGGCUGCUGCCGGUGGUCAAAGCCUCCAAGAAAGUUCUACUGAGUGGCUGUCACCUCUCAGGGAACAUCUGUCCACUUCUGUCCUCAGUUCUCAGCUCUCAGUCCUCCAGUCUGACAGAACUGGACCUGAGCAACAACGACCUGCAGGAUUUUGGACUGGAGCAGCUGUGUCCCGGACUGGAGAGUCCACACUGUCACCUGGAAUCUCUCAGGCUGUCAGGCUGUCUGAUCUCAGAGGAAGGAAGUUCUUCUCUGGUCUCAGCUCUGACCUCCAACCCCUCCCACCUGAGAGAGCUGGACCUGAGCUACAACCAUCCAGGGGAGUCAGCAGGGAAGCUUCUGUCUAGACUGGAGGAUCCCCGCUGGAGACUGGACACUCUCAGGGUGGAGCCUGCUGGACAACGAUUUCUGACACCAGGUCCCAGGAAGUAUUCCUGUCAACUCACCGUCGACACAAACACAGUCCACAAACGCAUCAAACUGUCUGACAACAACAGGAAGAUGAUGUAUGUGGGGGAGGAUCAGUCAUAUCCUGAUCAUCCAGACAGGUUUGAUUACUGGCGUCAGCUGCUGUGUAGAGAAGUUCUGACGGGUCGCUGUUACUGGGAGGUCCAGUGGAGCAAACGUGUUUCUGUAUCAGUGAGUUACAGAAGAAUCAGCAGGAAAGGAAACUCUGAUGACUGUAGGUUUGGAAGAAACGAUUAUUCCUGGAGUCUGGAAUGUUCUCCAGGUGGUCAGUACCAAGUCUGGCACAAUAACAGAGAAACAUCCACCUCCUCAUCUCCAUCUCCAGCCUGUAACAGAGCAGCAGUUUACGUGGACGUUCCUGCUGGAAAUCUGUCCUUCUAUGACGUCGUCCCUGACAGACUGAUCCACCUCCACACCUUCAACACCAGCUUCACUGAACCUCUCUGUGCUGGAUUUGGACUCUGGUCCUGGUUUGGGUCUGGAUUUGGUUCAGUGUCUCUGUGUCCAGUUUAGUCUCCAG